UACAUGCAUUUUAGUGUGAGAUAUCUAUAAGCAGUGGCGUUAGCAUCUUAACUAAUCACGGUUCUAAAACUGGUUUUUGAUCAUGUGUUUAGGUUGUUUGAAUUCCAUUCAAUUAGUAAAUUAUGUCUUCUAGCAUGGGGAAUGAAGAAUAUUGUCCGACGACAUUGACAAAUGUAGAGGAAAAUGAAUCUUUUUCAUCUACUGAAAAGGAAGUUGAAUCCAAGAGGAAAAGAACUUCGGUUGUAUGGAAUGACUUCAAAUUAGUACAGUAUAAGGGAAAAUGUUUGCAAAAUGCAUCCAUUGUGGAGAACGAUUAGUGGACAUAGUUCUCAUGGUACGAGCCACUUAAAAAGACAUAGAGAUACAUGUGCCAAAAGACAAAUUGCUCAUGAAAAACAACGAACUUUGUCAAUUGGAGUUAGUGAUUCUGGUGUAGCUUCUUUAGGUCUACACAAAUUUGAUAUGGAGGCUAUAAGAAAAUGUAUGGCGAAGUGUACAAUCAUGCAUGGACUUCCUUUUAGUUUUGCAGAAUAUGAAUAUCACAACGAUCUUCUAAAGGCUUGCAAUUCAAGAUUUGUUCCAUUUUCUAGAAAGACACUUACAAAAAAGGUUCAGUCAAUGUUCAAGACUGAAAAAAUCCAAUAUCAAGGAGUUUUAAAUAACCAUGUGCAGCGGGUUUCGUUGACAUUUGACAUGUGGUCCUCACAACAGACAUUAGGAUAUUUAUGAUUGACAGCCCAAUAUAUUGAUACGGAUUGGCAAUUGCACUCUCAUAUACUUAAUUUUAUGCAUGUGCCUCCACCACAUAAUGCAAUUUGUAUAAGUGACAUUUUAUCAGAGUGCAUUAGUAAGUGGGAAAUUCAAUUGAAGUUGUUUUCUAUUACUGCUGAUAACUGUUCAGCAAAUGAUAUGGAAUAAGUUUAUUAAGAAGGACCAUAGAAAGAAAAAACAAUAUUUCAUUUCCACUGAAAGGAGAAUACUUUCAUAUUCGUUGUGGUGCACAUAUUAUAAAUCUCAUGGUCCAAGAUGGUAUGAAUGAUAUGGUCGAUACAAUUUUAAAAAUUCGUGACAGUGUUAAAUAUGUAAGGAGAUCACCAAAACGACUACAUGGGUUCAAGCAGUGUGUAAAGGCAAUGGGUUUGGAUGAGAAAAAAAGAUUAAACUAUGAUAUUCCUACUCGCUGGAAUUCUACAUUUAUAAUGUUGAGAGAUGUAUUAUUAUUCAAAGAUGUCUUUCAGCAUUUGACAUCCUGUGAUCCUAAUUAUACAUGUUUGCCUUCUGUGGAUGAGUGGUCUCAUGCAUCUGAUUUAUGUCAGUUCUUAAAGGUAUUUUAUAAUGCAACAAAUCUAUUCUCUACCUCUAAGCAGGUAACAUCUAAUCUUGUUUUUGAAGAAGUUUUAUCAAUUUAUCAUCAUUUGCGUAGGCAUCGUGGACCAUCAAAUGAAUAUAUGAGGGCAUUGAUUUGCAAAAUGCAAGAAAAAUUUGACAAAUACUUCAAGAGCUACAAUAUUCUUUUUGCAAUUGCAGUUGUUUUGGAUCCUAUGUUCAAGUUGUCGUACUUGAAGUAUUUGCUUGAUGAUUUGGAUAAACCAGAUGCAAUAGUAAAAUAUGAAGCUGUAGAGAAGAUCCUUCAUGAAUUGUAUGUUGAAUACAAAAACAUGUAUGGUGAAAGUGACGUAAGUAAUAUGCGAAUGGACAAUGCAUGUACUAGUACCAUGAUUGCAACUGAAGAGUAUAGAAGUGUGGCUAGAUUUGCGUUCAAAGCAUACUUCAGUUCUGUCUCUCCUGCAGUGGCUCACACGGAUUUGGACAAAUAUUUGAUUGAUCCAAUGAAAGAAAUUGCACAUAAUGCAGACUUCAACAUAUUAUCUUGGUGGAAGACAAAUGAAAGUAAAUAUAAAAUUGUAGCCAAGAUGGCUUGAGAUGUAAUAGUCAUUCCUGUAUCUACAGUUGUUUCAGAAUCUGCAUUCAGUAUAGCAGGAAGAAUUCUUAAUGAUUAUCGAUGUUCAACUACUCCUGAAAAUGUGGAAUCAUUAAUCUGCACACAGAGUUGGAUUCGUGAUGCACACAACUUGGGUGAAAAUUCUCAUGAUGCAGAGCACCAUUCAGAUGAGGAAAGUUAACACAAUGCAUGAUUAUUACGAUGGACAUUUGAAGGUUGAUGACGGACUUUGAAGACAUUUAGAGAGUUUUUGAAGUGCAAUUUUUCUUUAGAGAAUUGUUUAUUCUUUUUUGGUUGGAACAUGUAUGGGUAUUUGUUAUUCAAAUGGUUAUUUUUCCACACUACUACAGUUAAGUGUGUCCAUAUCCUAGACUUUGAAACGUGAACUGAGUUGUGUGAUCUUCAA